AUGUCUCCAGCAGAAGAAGUCAAGUCUACCGGUGUUUCUGCAGCCGACAUCUUCGAGUCUAUCGGGGACCAAGUCGAGCAGGUUGCGCCGGGGAAUGAGUUUGCCCAUCAAGGGGAGGGGGAGGACGACCAGAGGGUGGUGGAGGAGAUUGAGUCCUUGUGCAUGAACUGCCACGAGAAUGGCGUUACUCGUCUUCUUCUCACCCGAAUUCCGUACUUCCGCGAAGUCAUCCUCAUGUCCUUUUCCUGCGAGAAAUGCGGUUUCAAGAACUCUGAAAUCCAGGCCGCCGGCUCAGUCCAGACCAAGGGAACCCACUAUGAGCUGCGCCUGACCGAGAUGGCCGACUUCUCCCGCCAGGUUGUCAAGGCCGACACCGGUGUCGUCAAGUUUAUCGAACUCGAUGUCGAGAUCCCUGCCGAGAGGGGUCAGCUCACCAACGUCGAAGGCCUCCUGUCGACCGUCAUUUCGGACCUGGAGAUCGGUCAAGAAGCUCGAAAGGAGCAGCAACCAGAGGUAUACGAGAAGGUCCAGGAGAUUAUCGACAAGGGCAAGGCAAUGCUCGCAGGUGAUUCGUUCCCCUUCCGAGUCAGCCUCGACGAUCCCGCGGGAAACAGUUGGAUCGCUCCUGACCUCCGGGACGGUGUCGGCAAGUGGGAGAAGCGCGAAUACACCAGAACGCCCGAACAGAACGCCGCCCUGGGCCUGGCCGACACGGAGACCUCGGGCUCGGACGGAGUCAUCCCCACCGGUGGACAGGGCCGCCUUGAUGACAACGACAACAUCAUCCCCAACGAAGUGUACUCCUUCCCCGCAAGCUGCCCGGGCUGCAUGCACCCAUGCACCACUCACAUGAAGAUGGUCGACAUCCCGCAUUUCCAACAAGUGGUCAUCAUGAGCACAGUCUGCCACGACUGCGGGUACCGGUCAAACGACGUCAAGACUGGCGGCGCUAUCCCCGACAAGGGCAAGAAGAUCACCAUCAAGGUCAAGUCGAGCGUUGACAUGGCUCGCGAUAUCCUCAAGAGCGAGAGCUGCUUCCUCGAGUGCCCCGAGCUCGAGCUCUCCGUCAACCCCGGCACACUCGGUGGCCGAUUCACAACCGUGGAGGGCCUGCUGACCCAGGUCCGCGACGACCUCCACAACCAGAUCUUCGAGGCUGAUGGAUCCGGCCGGGGAGGUGACUCUCUCAGCACAGACGACCGCAACAGGUGGACAAAGUUCUUUGACGGACUCGAUGAGGCGAUUGCAGGCAAUCGUGAGUUCACCAUCGUCCUCACGGACCCCCUGGCGAGCUCCUACGUGCAGAGUCUGGCGGACGACCCGAGCAAGCCCGAUGCUCAGAUGACCGUCGAGGAGUACACCAGGACGGAGGAGGAAGAGGAUGACCUCGGUCUCAAGGACAUGAAGACAGAGGGUUAUGAGCAGGAUGCCCCGGCGGCAGGUACUUCAUAA